AUGAAAUUUGAACUGCUGUUUAAUGAAUUCCACAAGAGCAGGGUUACCAGUAUCAUCGACAGGAUAUCAGAGGUAUCACUUGUUAGGAAUGUAGAUGAACGGAAGUUCCAGAUAGACUAUCUUCUCCUGGUGCUACAAAGCUUGGAGCAGAUCAAUUCAUUGACGAGAUGUAGUGCUGCAAAAAUGAAGACUUUUGUCAAUAACCUUGUCGUUGGUCUGACGGCCAUGGCUGGAAAUCUCAAGAUUCCAACUAGCCAGCUCCCACAACCGUAUGAAGGCUUGACGAAGCAAUUCGAUUUGUCUACCAAAAUGUCUCAAACUGUACGCGACCAGAAAAUACGGCUUUUGGAGAUGGGGAUGUUUGCGGAUCCCGAUGAUAACUUUACUGAAAUUGUGUAUGCGGAACAUAAGCAGUAUCUUCAAGAUAUAAUGGACUUAUUUGAGGACUACCUUCGGUCAAUGGUCGAAGUCGCCGGGCUUUUGGAGGGAUUUCGGUUUGCGUAUCUCAAUAAAAAACGCAGACAGCUUGACCCGCUUUUGAGUAUCAUUGCAAUGAUCUUCUGCAGUGUCACAAUUGAACAAUUCUGUCCCAUUCCACAGAUUCAGGCCAUCGGCUGGACCGGGUGCGCUUUUGGAGGAAUGUGGAUGAUCAAGUAUAUGGUCGAUCGGAUUUAUGACUACGCCGAGUUGGGCCCUUCUCAAUGUACCUCCUGCGUGAAGAGAUUUGAAAGAGAUUAA